AUGAGCGAUACUGACGUCAUCAUCGCUGGCGGUGGCCACAAUGGCCUGAUUUGCGCGGCGAUGCUCGCCAGAGAGGGGGUGUCCACCUUAGUGCUGGAGCGCAACGACUGGGUCGGCGGUGGCGUGCUCACGCGAGAGCUGACGUUGCCUGGCUUUAAGCAUGAUCCAUUUGGUUCUUCUCAUGUUUGGAUCCAUCUGAAUCCGGAUUUUCAAAAACUUAAACCGGAACUCGAACAAUAUGGCCUGAAGUACCUGUGGUCCGAUGAUCACAUUACCGGCCAUCCCAACAAAUACGAAGGUCAGGGCAUUAUUGUCUACAAAGACGUGGAUAAAACCUGUGACAGCAUUGCUGAGUAUUCAGCUAAGGACGCCAAGCGUUAUCGGGAAAUUUAUGAGGAAUUCGGUGAGAUUCAGGAUGGCGUAAUCAAAGGCAUGUUCUCACCGCCUGCGCCACCCAGUUACAUGUAUCAGGCCAUGGAGAAUAGCCCGGAAGGUCUAAAACGACUUCGAGACUACCAGCUCAGUUCACGCCAGUUCACGUUGGAAAAUUUCGAAAACGAAAUGGUACGGGCAUUUAUUCUGGGCUGGGCAACCGCUCCCCAGACGCUGCCGGAUCAGCUGGGAACUGCUGCGGGUUUUUACGUCAUGAUUCCCAGUAUUCACUACUACGGUCAGUCCAUUCCGCAGGGCGGCAGCGGGAUGCUGUCGGAAGCUUUGAAACGCUAUGUGGAAGACCACGGUGGCAAAGUGAUGACUGGCGCCACCGUGGAUAAGUUUCUGGUUGAAAACAAUGCCUGUCACGGGGUUCGCUUAAGUGACGGAACAGAAAUUUCCGCCCGCCAGGGCGUUGUGAGUUCGCUGGACCCGUUCCAGACUUUUCUCAGCGGUUUCGAGGAAGGGGUAUUGCCCAGUGACUUUCGCUGCAUGGUGGAGAACUUUGUCUUUGGCGAUGUCACCAUUGCCCGAGUGCACUAUGCACUCAACGAGGCAGCCAGGUUUAACAACGGGCCUGAGAUGGACAAAACCGCCUUUCAACGGAUUUUUGGCAAUAUCGCCGAUAUUGAUCGGCAAUAUCAGGAAAUGGCGAUGGGCAAACCGCCCAGCGAUCCGUUCCUCUGGACGGCAACCUGGACCAACAUGGACCCAACUCGGGCACCGGACGGCAAGCACACGAUGAUUAUGGACACCUUUGUGCCGGUGGACCUGGCCAGCGGUGAAGACUGGGAGUCUUUUGCGCCGGAUUACAUUCGCAACACGUUGCUUAAACAACUGCGCAAUUACACCAGCAAUAUGAGUGACGACAAUAUUCUUGCUGAGUAUGUGGAGUCCGGACCUAGUCUGGCCCGCGCAAACUUGUGCUUCCAUCGAGGCGUUACCACUGGCGGCGAACGAAUUUUGUCGCAGAUGGGCGCGUUUCGUCCGUUCCCGAACUACGCCAAUUACCGAGGUCCGGUGGACCGGUUUUAUAUGACCGGACCAUCCUGUCAUCCCGGCGGUGGAAUAUGCGGUAUGGGCACUAUCGCUGCUCGAGAAAUAUUGGCGGACUUGCGAGGCACCACCCCUGAUGCUGACGACGAUUUUGACUUCUAG